UCCGCGUCCCCGCCGCCGGGAGGAGGUGCCCGCACUCUCGCGGCGCGCGCCGGCCGCCAGACUCGGCCUGUGGGCGAUUUCCUCCGGACCCGAGCUCCCCGCCCGAGGAGGAAGAUGCAGACCUUUCUGAAAGGGAAGAGAGUUGGCUACUGGCUGAGCGAGAAGAAAAUCAAGAAGCUCAAUUUCCAGGCCUUCGCCGAGCUGUGCAGGAAGCGAGGGAUAGAAGUCGUGCAGCUGAACCUCAGCCAGCCCAUGGAGGAGCAGGGCCCCCUGGAUGUCAUCAUCCACAAGCUGACCGAUGUCAUCCUCGAAGCCGACCAGAACGACAGCCAGUCCCUGGGGCUGGUGCGCAGGUUCCAGGAAUACAUCGACGCCCACCCUGAGACCAUUGUCCUGGACCCCCUUCCCGCCAUCAGGACCCUGCUCGACCGCUCCAAGUCCUACGAGCUCAUCCGGAAGAUUGAGGCCUACAUGAAAGAUGACAGGAUCUGCUCACCGCCCUUCAUGGAGCUCACGAGCCUGUGCGGGGAGGACACCAUGCAGCUUCUGGAGAAGAACGGCCUGACCUUCCCAUUCAUUUGCAAAACCAGAGUGGCUCACGGCACCAACUCCCAUGAGAUGGCCAUCGUGUUCAACCAGGAGGGCCUGAGCGCCAUCCAGCCGCCCUGCGUGGUCCAGAAUUUCAUCAACCACAACGCCGUCCUGUACAAGGUGUUUGUGGUCGGCGAGUCCUACACGGUGGUCCAGAGACCCUCGCUCAAGAACUUCUCCGCAGGCACAUCAGACCGCGAGUCCAUCUUCUUCAACAGCCACAACGUGUCGAAGCCAGAGUCGUCGUCGGUGCUGACCGAGCUGGACAAGAUCGAGGGCGUGUUCGAGCGGCCGAGUGACCAGGUCAUCCGGGAGCUCUCCCGGGCCCUGCGGCAGGCGCUGGGGGUGUCUCUGUUCGGGAUCGACAUCAUCAUCAACAACCAGACCGGGCAGCAUGCUGUCAUCGACAUCAAUGCCUUCCCAGGCUACGAGGGCGUGAGCGAGUUCUUCACGGACCUCCUGAACCACAUCGCCUCCGUCCUGCAGGCCCAGAGCGCAGCCAGCGCGGGGGACGCGGCCCCACUGCGGCACAGCAGGCUCCUGGCGGAGCAGGCGGACAGCCUAGCGGGCGAGCGGACGUGCAGCGCCAGCCCCGGCUGCUGCAGCAGCAUGAUGGGCCAGGACCCGCCCUGGACCGCGGAGGCCGCGGGGGGCGGCGUGGGUGCGGGCGGCGCGGCCGCCAAGCUGCCCCACCAGAGACUCGGCUGCACCGCUGCCGUGUCCCCCAGCUUCCAGCAGCACUGUGUGGCCUCCCUGGCCACCAAGGCCUCCUCCCAAUAGCUACAGAGCCCAGGACCCAGAGGGCGGCGUGGGCCACGGAGCACAGCCACAGGGUGAGCGGCUCCUGGUGGUGACAUCCUAAGAAUUCCCAACGGUCUGAUUUUUUUUCCAAUGUUUAACCUUAUUUUCUGAUGUCAUUAUCUAAGUGUGGGAUUGGGGGGAAGACGGGAAAGAGCCCCAGUGGUCCGGCCUCCUGGAAAAGGGACACCUGCCUACUUCCUGCUGCGCAGAUCCACUGAGUUUACACACGCGUGUUUUCAACACUAGGUCUGAGUGUGAGGGGUGUGCCGUGUGGGUGCCGUGCGUGUGCGAGUGUGUGUGCACAUCCAUGUCUUGGUCUCGAUGGCUGCUGCGGACUGGGCCUUGGGACGCUGCAGGGGCCGCCUUGGUCCGGCUGCUGCCCUGAACAGCACGUGAACGGUUCCCCUUCUCCCUCCUCCCCUGGCCCCCGCCUGCCCCAGCUGGGACCCCUCCUGCCGGCCACCUCCUCGGCUUCGGAGGAGCGGGGCCUGAAACCCUGCCAGGUGCGCAGCUGCCCUUUCCUCCCGAAAGCAUCGCCCAGGAGGCGAGAGGCCGCAGCUACCGUGUGCUGGGGGCUUCCAGGCUGGGGUCUGGGCGGCUGCCACCGGCUUCCGUCUCCCGGGACGGAAGGGGAAGGAAGCUCCCAGCGGAGCCAAGGCCCUGGGUUCGCUGCCUCUCCGUGUUCAGCCUCCUGGAGCCUGCCCAGCCCCCCCACGUGUCCCACGCCGCCCUGCGAGGGCCCCUCCUUCCUUGACCAAACACUGCUGCUCCUGGGGGGGAGGCUGCCUGGUGGGGGGCCCGGCCGAUCCCGCCUGUGCCAAGGAUUUGUGCCGUGAUUUUGGGCAAAUCAUUCCUAGAGUUGCCGGCCUCUGCGACCUCAUUGAGACCAGAACUCAAGGGCGGGCUUGACGCCCCAGCCCCUGCCGUGCAGCCUGCUUUCCCAUGAAGUGACCCUGGGUGAACCCCCCUGACAUCGAGGCGACUGGGGCUCCUCUUCCCAGCAGGAGGAGGCCACCCAUGGGCUUCGGUCCCGUUCACAUCCGCUUGGCCCACCCUCACUCAGAAGGCCCCUCCCGUCUUCAUGGCACUGAGCCAGCCAAGGGGGAGGGAGCGGCAGCCCCAGAAAUGAGAGAUCACGAUCCCCCCCUCUUAGAGUCACCCCGGCCCCUGGCGACAGCAGACUGACUGCCAGCUGGUUGUCACAUCCCAGGUCCAGGCAGGCUGGCAGCCCUCAGAGAGGGGGCCGGGGUGGGGCUCUGUCCUGGGUAGUGGGAGCCCCGGGAGGCGCACAGGAUGCUGAGCAUGAUCUCAGGUCGUAAGAUCCCGGUUGGCUCAGAGCAGAGGGCCCUGGGCUGUCCUGUGUGGUCCGAGGAGGAUGAAGAGGCCGCUGAGCUGGGGGUCCCCCCAGGCCUGGCUCGGCGGGGAGCGGGGUGGCUGCCAUCAGAACUGCCCGCUGACUAACCGCGUUUACACGACUUGCGUGUGGAGCCCCGAUUAUGUCUGUACGUCACCCUUCCUCGGCCGACCGAGCCCGGGGCGCGGGGAGCGUGACCGGCCUCUUGCACUGCUUUGUCUCCAGAAUAAACUACUGAAAUCAAACCACACUCCACCGGUGUCCGCAGUGUUGCCCAAAGCCUGUCACUCCCCGA